AUGUUCAUCUUCGGAGGCACAGCGGGAGGUACUGGCUCGGAGCUGAGCGACUUGUAUCGACUGGAUUAUACCCGCAGUGUGGCGCUCGGUGUCGCGCCAACUGCUCGAUGGACGCAACUUGCGUCUCUGACCGACAGAGAGAGCCCCAGUAUCGCUGAGAGGAGAGUUCAUGCAGGACGAACGACGUUGCUGACUCCGUUUGAGUUGAUGGCUGUCGGGCGUGGACUCAAGUCUCCUCGACGAGCGUCUCUCGGGUCCAGGACGGCGAUGGCAGCUUCUCGCCUCGAGUCGCAACUGGACGUUCGUUUGAAGCGUCUCGAAGAUCUGAUCGACGGAUGGAGAGCUCGUCCUGUGCCUCGGUACUGGGCUGCUAGCGCCUUUGUUUCCUCACUGCCAGGUAGUAAGGUGCCGCGUGUAUUCCUGUUCGGCGGCCAAGAUGACACGACGCUGCUGGACGAUUUUUGGAGUCUGGAACUGGCUCAGCUAGAUGAGGAUUUCCCUCAAGAUCGUCGAAAGAGUCAACGGAUCAGAGCGUGUGCGUGGAGACAAGAGAACUCGGCGUACAGGACACAAUGGGCAUCGUCUUGUGGGGCAAGCAAUACGGCAGCUGCAUAUUACCAGUCGAUUGGAUUAUAA